AUGGCCUCCUUCCUGCGCAGCCUGGCGCUCCCAGCACGGAUAUUCGCCCCGAGGCACUCGUUUCCCGCGCUCGUCGGCGCGUCCGGCCGCACGAACCCUCGCCUGGGCGGCGUGGUGGUACCGCACCAGCAGCAGCAGCAGCAGCAGCAGCAGCAGCAGCAGCCGGCGGCGCAGUGGCAGCAGACGAGGGGCAUGAAGGUCCACAGCUCGGUGAAGAAGAGGUGCGAGCACUGCAAGGUCGUUCGACGAAAGGCCGGCAAGAGGCACAACGGGUACUUGUACGUCACUUGCAAGGCGAACCCGCGACACAAGCAGCGGCAGGGCUGA